CGACGAGUGAUGAAAGAGAAUGUUAUCACAAAGUGCGAAUUCGAAAAGUUGAGACCUUCAGGCGGACAUCUGCCACGGUUGUACGGCCUUCCUAAAGUACAUAAGGAGGGCGCUCCAAUGCGUCCCAUCCUGGAUAUGGUUAGCUCUCCGCAACACUUGAUAGCCCAAUGGAUGGUUGAAAAGCUGGAACCGCUGCGUAAAACUGUCUGCACUUACUGCGUGAAAGACACUUUCGAGUUCAUUGAGAAGAUAAGGGAUGUGAACCUUAACAACAAAUGGAUGUCGUCAUUUGAUGCGCAGUCGUUGUUUACGAAUAUUCCGUUGUUGGAAACAGUAGAAUAUGUCUGCGAAUUAGUACGGCAACUGCCUGUACCUAUAAAUAUCCCGGAAAACCUCCUAAAGGAAUUGUUACUUAGAUGCACCUUAAACGUGCAGUUCACCUUUAACGGGGAGAUGUAUCGUCAAAUUGAUGGAGUUGCCAUGGGCUCACCAUUGGGACCCUUCCUAGCAGAUAUCUUUAUGGCAAAAUUGGAGCAUAACGUAUUAAGAACGCACAUCAACGAAGUCGAGAUGUAUAUACGUUAUGUAGACGAUACAUUUAUACUCUGCAAAUCGAAAGCGCAGACUGUGAAACUGUUGGAAGCUUUUAAUGAUGCGCAUCAGAAUCUACAUUUCACAUGUGAGCACGAAUCCAGAAACCGACUACCGUUCCUGGAUGUUGAUAUCAUCAGAAACGCCGAUGGAUCGUGCAGCAGAGGGGUGUAUAGAAAACCAACUUGGACCGGACAGUACAUCAACUUCUAUAGUGCGGUACCCAUACAGUACAAACGAAACCUAGUCCGCACUCUUUCGUUCCGGGCACAUAGAAUUUGCACCCCGGACACAAUCACCAAGGAAUUGCAGAGAAUCAGCGAUGCGCUAAGAGCGAAUGGGUAUCCAGAUAGAUUCAUCCUCAAACAUUUGAAAGAACGCAAGAUCAAACCACCGAGGAUGAACGUACCCAAAAAAGAACUAAUCGUGCAUAUUCCUUUCAAAGGCGACAGUGCGGCUGAUGCCCUGUCCAAACGCCUGAGAGACACUGUUGAAAAGACCUAUUUUGCGGCUCGCCUGCGCAUAGUAUUUUACAACAAGCCUUUAUUCGCAAAACCUUUGAAAGACAGGCUGCCUCCGGUGACCCGAUCAAUGCUUGUUUAUCUUUACUCGUGCUCCUGUGGGGUACGAUACGUGGGUCGUACCACGAGACGCCUAUCUCAUAGGAUUCGCGAACAUAUCCCAAAAUGGUUUUACAAAGGCGAAGCGAGGUCGAGUAACAGUUCCAUCCUAUCUCACCUUCUAGAGUGCAGUCACGCAGGAACGGAAAAUGAUUUUAGAGUCAUCUAUACUGUUCCUGAACGUUUCACGCGCGGAUUCCGAAUGCAUCUUCUGUCUAUCGCGGAAGCUAUCUACAUCCGCCAUCUCAAGCCAGAAUUAUGCGUGCAAAAACAGUUUGUACGUCCUUUACUUCUACCGUGGCCUACAACUUCGGAUGUGAUUUCCCCUGUACAUACUUGCCACCUACAAUGACCCCGUGAUUUAUUGAUUUGUACCCAUGAAAUUAAACAUUGUGUUCAAUACGCAGCCCAAUCCGGCACAUUUAGCAUUUUCCUCAUCAUGUAAUGUUUGAGUCUGAUGAGAAUUGCCGAAAAG